UGGCAAUAGGUCUUCCUGGUGACAAUGGAUUCAGGCGGCAAUGGGUGGUGUUUUUGGUGGUGACGGUGGAGAAUCUUGAAGCCAUUGUGUAUUAUAAAUUCAUUUCGUCCUCCUUCGGAUAUCAAAACCAAAAAUCAUCACCACAGAUUCUACUUCAGGUGAUUCAGG